UCGUUUCCUACAGAACAUAGAAGCGACAACGUUUGAAAAACAAACUCCUGAGAGAGAAGAGAGAAGAGAGAAGAGAGAAGAGAGAAGGAGAUAGCGAUUAGAAGGAAGAAUGAUAGAGGAAGGUCCACCGGCUCCGAAGGUUCUCCGUAUGGUCUACUUCGUCGGCGCCGGAUUUUUAUGUACUUUCGCGAUCAACAAAUGGCGUGAGAUGGAGAAAAAAUCAAAUCUGAAAGAGCAGGAGAAGAAUCAGCAAGCAAAUGGAGGAGGUUUAUUGCAUCAAAUUCCUGCAGAUUCGGUUCAGAAAGCAAUGAAAUGAUGAUUUUUUUUUUCUCUUUUGUCUAUUGCUAUGUUCCAGAUGCAAAAGAUAACGCAACUCCAGUUGUAUCUUUGACCUCAAAGUUUGCAUUUUCUUUUAUAUUUUCCCUGAAUUUUUGUUUUCCUCUGAUGAACCUCUCUGCCUUUCCUUUAAUCAUCUACAACUGUGAUAUCCGGACGCUAAGUGAGAAUCAAGUUUCGAUAUUGAUUUUGUAUA